AUGCAAUCAUCUAUUGUUAUAUCCACACCAACUGCUGUGUUGCGGAAUUGUAUUAUGCAGGUGGUGCUUCAAAAAAGCGAGCCGUUUGUUUGUCAAUUCUGUACGACGAAAGAACGAAAGAAAAGAGGAUUACCGGAUCGUGGCGUGGAAAGAGAAUUGAAGACAGUCAUAGUCGCAUGCCAUUCGUGUUCAUGGAGUGGGUGUUAUCAAAAUUAUUUGGAUCAUUUACAACAACAGCAUGCUACAUUUGAAUGCAUUGAUUGUCAUGAACGAUUCAUCGCUAAAAAUUCUUUGCAAGAACAUCGACACGAAAUUUGUACACAUCGAUGUCUGAUAUGUGCAUUACCCAAUUGUCGAGAAUUGGUCAAAUGGAAUGAGAUGAAAGCGCACUAUCUCAGUAACAAGCACCAAAAAUUGUUCCUUAUGUUCGCUGUCGAGCACAUUAAUCAAGAAUCCAAAAGCGAAGAUACUUUGGGAAUGAUACAGAAUGAAUUUAAUGAAAUUCACAGAUCUGCUGAAACUAUUUUAUCCGUUACGGACAUUUUAUCCACCGAUUACAAACGCUUGGUGUCCGACUGGGACGAAAUGCGAACUGCUACUGAAGCACGAGAUGUGAAAUUGAACGAAGUAAGACAUCAAAGCAAUGCAAAUGAUGAACGUAUUAAAAAUUUAAUCACACUCCAAACUGUGUCAGAGACUGAAUUAGCAAAUAUCAAACGCAUGUGUCAAGAUAAACAAAUGCUUAUGAUAGACAAAGAUUCGAUUAUAAUACUUCAGUUCGUUUAUCCAGGUGCAGUACCUUUCUCGCUUGAAUCAAAUAAAUUCAGAACGUCUGAAUAUGGUUAUGUUUUCACGCUUCGUGUGUGUACAACAAGACAAUUUCAAGACGAGUACCUGUCCGUGUUUGUUACUCUGCACAGUGGAGACUUUGAUAAUGUGAUAUCGUUUCCGUUUUCCUAUGGCAUUCGCCUUCGUCUGGUAGAUCUAACAAAUCAAAAACAGCAUAUUGAACAUAUUUUGAAAUCUGAUGUCAACUCGCCUGUAGUUAGUCGACCACAAGAUGAAAAGAAUGACGAAUAUGGGAUCGUCAAGUUUUGUUCAAUGGACUAUUUAAGAGAUCCGCAAAGUGUUUACGUUAAAGAUGGUCGAUUGUUUAUUGAAGUGUUUUUCGAUUUUUUGAAAAAUGACGAGCCAUCAUCAACUAAGAUGAUAAUAAACUAG